CUUUUUCCACCUGGGCCCUGUGUUUUCAGCUUUUCCAGGUUUUUGUCAGAACGAACGCAGCAGCAGCAAUAGGCAACCGCUGCCUUGCUUCCCCCGCCUAUGGAAAGUGACAACUGAGUCUCCACCACACACCCUUCCUCUCUGUUCUCCCUCUCUGCCAGCUGAGGAGCCUGAGAUUCCUGCCAAGAACAACAUGGCCUGACGUCACCCUCCAAAUAAGGAUAUUCCACUUCACUUUUACUAUCUGAGGGAGACGGAGAGAGACAAAUAGGGAGGGAUAGAGAGAGAGCGAUAAGCCCCUCCUCCCCAUUCAUUCAUACACACAGACAGGAGACGAGUAAUAUACUCUGCUAGCUAACUGUUUGUCAGCUCAGUGCACGUACAGUAGAGUGGUGUCUCGAUUACCCUUCUCCUCACAGUCACAGAGCGGGCUCUCGCUCUCAUUCAUUCACAAUCUCUCUCUCGCUCUGUUCCGUGCUGUCUCGCUCGCUCUCUCUCUCACUUCGUCUCCCAGCCUCUCUUACUCCGUCUCCCAGCCUCUCUUACUCACCCUCUUUCUGUCAGAUGUGGAGAGGAAACCACCUGCCACCAGGUCCUCUUGAGUGAGGACACAGACAUCCAACAAAAAGUCCUGAAAACUGGAUCUGAAGACCUGACACAAGGACGGGUUCAACCCAGUAUCUGAAUACCGGACAACAGGGACUAUCUGAGGGGACUGACUCAGAGGGCAGAGUUGUUGACUUUGGGAGCCAACCGAGCUCCAAGAUGGGAAGCUUCUUUGGCUCAGGAUGGAAAAGGACUUCCUCAUUACCGCAUGACAAUUCACAGUUGUUGCCCAGGAUCCGUUGAAUGAAUGGCUUGACCCUAGUAAGUACUAAGUAUGAGUACAGACAGCCUUAACUCCAGUACAAGACAGAUAUAACUAAGGAACAAAAUAAUCAUCAUACAUCAAUCCCAGAGUGAAUGAACAGGCUAGACCUGCGUAGCCUGCCCCAGGCGGAGGGAUCCCAGGUGUCUACCUGAGGUUUUUGUUCCGUUUUAUGGAGGCGUUGCACAGCUGCAGCCACUUGCCGACUGGGGAGCAGUCCAGAGGUCAUGACCAGCCUCAGCCAGAAGAGUCUGCUCUGCCUCUCGCAGACCCUGAGCCUCCCAAAUCUCCCUCCUCCCAGAACAAUCAACUGCAGACACAACAGACUCGCUCCAAACAAGGAGGCCCUCAACAUCAACAACAACAACACCACAAACUGCCUAAUAAGAGGGAGCGCAAGCGUCUCCGACAUCAGAGGAAAAGUGUUGAUUCAGAUACCCCACUGUCGGAAGAGGGUAAGCAUGCAACGGCAGAGGCAACACAGACUAGAGUGUCACAGACACCGUCUGGGGGGACCCCGGCAACUCCCUCCUUAUCAACCACCUCCACCCAGUCUACAGAGGCUCCUGCCACAGAGGAGAACCAGCAGGGCACCCUAAAGCAGAAACGGGAGCAUAAGCCUGGAAAACCUGGGAAAUAUGUGUGUUCUUACUGCGGCCGUGCCUGUGCCAAGCCCAGCGUCCUGCAGAAACACAUCCGAUCCCACACUGGAGAGAGGCCCUACCCCUGUGCUCCCUGCGGAUUUUCUUUCAAGACCAAGAGCAACCUCUACAAGCACCGGAAGUCCCAUACCCACAGGGUGAAGGCCGGCCUCGCCUCUGGAGAGCCCAGUGCUUUAGAAGAACCAAUGCCCGUGUCAGAAGAUGAAACCAAACAGCCAUCGUCUGCUGCCUCUUCUAUCUUGGAGAGACAUGGCAGUGUAGCCAAUGAGAAGAUGCUUGAAGACACAGAGAGAUCUAAAGAGCAGUCCAGUGGGAUGGACAACUCCUACGCCGUCAAGAAGAGGCUGGCCAUGCGUUUGAGCCGAGGGAAACGUGGCCCUCUAGGCUCGUCUGACUCGAUCAGUUCCUCGUUGGGUAUGGCGAGUAUAGGGAGCAGAGGCAGCACAGAGUCUGGCUAUUUCUCUCGCUCUGAGAGCACUGAGCAGUCGCAGGACAUCCCACCCAAUGCAACAAGUGCCAAAAGCUACGCAGAGAUCAUCAUGGGGAAAUAUGGCCGCCUGGGCCACCUCCAGAGGAUGUCCCGGCAUCAGGACCAGCAGCCUUCUGGAAGCCAGGGACAGCAGGAGAAGAGCAGCCCGUUCACAGUGCCCAAGAAGCAGGUCAUUGACCACAUCACCAACCUCAUCACCAUCAACGAGGCUGUGGUGGACACAAGUAAGAUAGACAGCGUUAAGCCCAGGAGGUUCUCUCUGCCUAGGAGAAGUAGCAAUGAGUCUAGCUCUAAGGUUACUCUAUCUCUGAAAGAGACACCGGUAGUCCACCACAGCACCAAAAACCCUGGAGACCCAGGAUUUAAGAGCAGUGGUUCCAUCACUAUGGGAGUUCCGUGUGAGAAGUUCCAUCAUCACCAGUCACUACACGUGGAUUCAACGGCAGGCCUGUCACCCACUUCCAUGGCUCCUCUUCUGAGAAGCCUCUCUAUGCCCUCUGCUGCUAGUUCAACUGAUGCCUCCUCUGACGUCUUCCCACAAAACUUCCGCCUUAGCCAAUCUUUCGAUGAACGGUCUGAAACACAGUCUCGCCGCACUGGGAUGCUACGACGCCAGCCUGCUAUCGAACUACAACCCGGUGCUGAAUUGACUAAAGAGGAACAUAGUUUACACAGUAGCUCCAACACACUCUACAAUCACAAUAUGUCCACCGUGCCUCCUGAUCACAAGCAAUGUCAACCAGAGCCGUACGAGUGUGAGACCUGUGGCGUUGGAUGUAAGAACUGGGAAGGUUAUAAGGCACACAAGAGAAGUCUUUGUAUAGCACGACUUCCCCAAGAGAGUCUUGGUACAACAAUAUGCCAGCUGGACCGUUCACAGUUGAUACACUAUCCGAUUAGCAAACCAGGGGCUUUGGCAAUGCGCAAGAGAAGGAAAGAGGAGAGUUUUGAAUCUGAUGAUCCAUCCUCUCCUGUGUCUUUAUCCAUACCCACCUUCUCCACGUCGGUGCAAGACAGAAAAAGUGUAGCAUGCAAUAGAAACUCAUGGCCAUGGGUAGAGCAGGAGCGUGGAGACACAUCAAAAUGUUUCUCAGUGAUUCAACAUACUAGUUCAUUUGAGAAGCAGGACACUUUGUUUACAGACAGUCAAGGUAAAGAGGAGGUGCAUUUUAGUUUUCAAUCUCAUGAGGAUGUGUCUCAGAAACAACUGCAGGAACACUCAUCCAAACCAACACCUCGCAAACUGGUGCGCCAACACAAUGUUCAAGUCCCGGAGAUAUUCAUCACUAAUGAUUCCAACACCAAUGUUAUUGAGUCUGUUCAGACACAGUCAGAAACGACAUCCAUAAUGCCUAAACAGACUGAGAGGACAGACGAGUUCCAGUGGCCACAGAGGAGCCUCACCCUGUCUGGGGUCCCCAUCGAGAAGCUGCCCCCGAAGAAGAAACGUAUUCGUCUGGCCGAGGCCGCCCAGUCUUCAGGGGAGUCCAUGUCCAGCUUUGACUCCAUCUCCCUGCCUCGCAGCCCCAGCCAGGACAGCUGUGCAUCCCACGCCUCUAGCCGCUCUGCAUCCUUCGAGGAGUCCACCAGACCUGGAGACAUGGAGACCCUGGCUGGGACACCAUUGAGGAGGUCUAGGGCCCCUAACAUGUUGACCGUCCCAGGGCUGCAUCUUCACAAAAGGGAGAUGCGGCGGUCGGUCUCCGAGCAAGCACCUCACGACCCACAGCAGCAGUCUGUCCUGAUGGCGAUGUUGGAGAUGCGAAGCAAGUCCUUUGACUACAGCAGUUUGUCCCCUGAGCGCUCCGCGGCCGGCUGGAGUGACAGACGCAAAUGUCUCCUCAUGAGACACACUGCGGUCAAGGACCCAGAGGAGGAGCAGCCUGCCAAACCUGCAGAAUUAAAGCGGAACCCCAGUUCCUCCAUUUCUGCCAAACACACAGCACUAAAGGUGAACAAUCCUUCUCACUGUAGCCCCAGUCCUGACCCUGUCAGUCCCAGAACUUCUUCCAAACUAAGCCCAGGUCCUCGACACCUUAGUGCGACUGCUGGUUCCCCUCUGUCAGGAGAACCCACAUCAUGUAACCCUGUACAAACUAUUUGCCAAGAGCCCCCCUCACAAUGGAAACUGGGUCAAAGUAUUCAUUUGACUGGACAUUGCUCUGAAGUCCUACCCUCAAAGAACUCUGUAGAAUCUCCUGACCGCCUCCAGAGGGUAGACCCAUCACCUCUCUGUUCAGGGAAACCUCUAAUUAUCUCCCUCCGUCCUGUCCACACCUACAUCCAUCCUGCCCAACCCCGUCCCGUCUACCCUCCCCACCCCCUCUCCACCCAGUGCCCAUUAGGGAUAGCUAGGGCCCACUACCUUCCAAUGUCCACAGGCCUGAAGCUGGAGAUACCAGUCCCAAUUCACAGUCAUGAUGGACCUUCAGAGUUUGUAACACAUCCUCCGCAGAUCCUCCACCCUCACCCUAACAUCUCACGUAGCCCAGAGUUACUCCGGCCCUCUAUAUCACCAGCAGUAGCAGUAGUCCGGCUACAGGCAGACACCAACACCCUAGCCAGUGCCAUAUACACCACUCUGUCCCAAACCACAACAUCUAGGUCCCAGGAACCUGUGUGUUCUGGGUUAAACAGUGGCCAUAGAAAUUCCCCAAUGCCUGAACAUAACAGCCACCUGGUCAUGUCUCUGCCUGUAAGUAGCAAGAUGUUGUCUGGGACUCUGCUACCAGUCAGCCAGUUGGCUCUGCCUCCAGGCAACCACUUGGCUUUGCCUCUGCCUUCAGGCAGCCAGUUGUGGUCUGAUGAGGGCUGUAGAUCUCCGGGCUCAGGGAGCAACAAGCGAUUGUUGUCGCCUUCAAACAGUGUCGAUUUCAGCCCUGAGUCCAAACAGCAGCAGAAACGAGUGAAGGAGGAGGAAGAGGAGAGUUGUGUAGGAAAUGUAAUCGUGGAAACAUCCACAAAAGAAGAAAAGGUUGAGAUUCCAACAUGUUUACCGAGGGUGUGUACUCCAAUAAGUCCAGAAAGACCUUCAUAUCCGACCCUCCAGUCCACCACCUCUCACAGCUGGUGUUAUCUGAACUACAUCAAGCCAAACCCCUCCACCUCCACCUCGACUGACCACCAGCCCUCAGUGUACUCCUCUUGGUCUACCAGCGAGUAUGACCCCAACCCUCCAGGCCUCUCCAGCAAGACAGCCCUGUCCCUGUUGGACUGCAAGCAGAGGGUCUGCCCCACCAUCUACACCAUGUCUCCCAUGUCAUCCACCCCGGCAGAGACCCCACCAGAGCCCACCGGCAUGAAGACGCCAUGCCAUUCUGAGGUACAUGCCACUCUGCCCGGCGACAGCCACCGUGUCGGGACAACAGAGCAAGAGCAGUCCGCAGAGGACAAGGAGCUAAAGAAAGAACGAGAGGAGGAGGAAGAGAAGGAAGAGGAGGAAAAAGAAGCAGAGACCCAGUCAACCAGCAAAUGUAGAGAACCUCCAACUCGAAUCUGGAUCUGUGAGGGAGGCUACAGGUCGAGUGAGGAGUACGUGUACGUGCGGGGUCGAGGCAGGGGCAGAUAUGUGUGUGAGGAGUGUGGCAUCCGCUGUAAGAAGCCUAGUAUGCUGCGUAAACACAUCCGCCUGCACACCGACUCACGACCCUACGUCUGCAAGCACUGCAACUUCGCCUUCAAAACCAAAGGGAACCUCACCAAACACAUGAAGUCCAAGGCCCACGGGAAGAAGUGCCAUGAUGGGCCAAUGACUGGUUCUGAGGCAGAAGAAGACUGCUCAGUCUGGCCAGAGACAGGACAGGACGAGCACCGGUAUUCUGACAUCAGCGAAACUGAAGCAGACGACGAUGACAACGAGUAUGAUGAUGAAGAUGAUGAUGAUGGUGAAGAGGAGUCCUGUUCCCAUGAAGACCCUUCCACCACCUCAACAAGCCACUUGAAGCCACCCAAACCCCCAGACCAGAACAGAACCACACCAGACCAGGACAGGACCAGACCAUCUGGGUCAAGCCAGCCCAGCCAGCCUCAGAGGCUGAAUCCCCAGGAGCCAAGCCUCUGUUACCCUGCUGGUUCCCCCAGCAAGAAGAGAGCUCUAUUCUCUCGGAGGAGGCACCUGGACCCCUGUGGUCACCGCUCCCCAUUGCACUGUCCAUCACCAACUCCAGCCCUGUCUCCAUCCCUAUCCAAUCAGCUUUCUCCUGCUCACUCCCUGUCCCCUAGAGCGGACCUGGCCCCUCUCCGAUGCCCUUCCCCCAAGCGUUACCUCUCCCCUGUCACCUGCCAUCCCUCCCCUCUACCUCUCUCAUCCCUGUUUCCUAGGCAUAACCUGUCCCCUGCCCCCUCCAACCCCUCCCCACCCUCCUCUCUGUCCCUGCUAGGUUGUCAUGUCUCCCCCUCCCUAGAGAGACAUCCGUCCCCCCUAAGAGGCCUCUCGCCUGUCAGGCCCAAGUCCCCCAGCUCCCCUUCCCCUCAGGCCACCAUCCCUGCUCAACACAGAGCCUGUCUGCCCAGAGACCCAUCUUCAAAUCCCCACAGGGACAGACCUGCUACGGCUACAAGCUCCAAGGCAAGGCUGCUGAAGAGCUACUCUGUUCAGGAGGACGAUGAGGUGCGUCUUCCUCUUCUGUCCCCCAGGACUAGACCAUCCCGAGGGGGCCACGGUGGUGUCCUCAGCCACCUGCCUCUCCACUCUCAGCAGCUAGCCAAGACCCCCAACCUGAUGAUCCCCAUUGGGGGGAUCCACAUGGUACAGCCCAGGACCAGUCGUCACUACAGCCUGGUGAAUAGCCCCGUGGCAUCACAGAACACCCCUACCCUGGCAAAGAUGGACCGGUCCAUGGCAGCCCAGAACACCCCUACCCCAGCAGAGAUGGACCACUCCAGGACCAGGGGAGCUGGACUGGAAGAAGGGCCACUUAGUAGGCCUUCAUCGCUGAAGCACCAUCAAAACCCUCUGAAAGAGGCGGCUGGGCCUAGCACAAGCAUACACACCAGCUACCAGGACAACAGGGUAGGAGAGGGAGAGGCCGAGGGCAGACUUUCAGGACCUCUCCCAGACAAGGCUGGUACGGCCCAUUUACAGGUGUGCUCCAUGAGACCUGAGAAUCAUGGGAGUUUGAGUCAAAGGGAAGAAACUAAACUACUGUUCACUGGGACAGAGCUAGGAGGCAGCUCACACAGUCCAGGCGCCCAAACGAGCACUUUGUCCAAGGGAACCACACACACAGAAAGAGAUACAGAUACACACCUUAGAGGAGGAAGUCUUUUUCCAGUGACUAAACAAGGCCAAAAGAUGCCAUCUUCUUUCCAGACUAAACUCUGAUAGGAAGGAGCACCUUUAGGGAACAGUGCAACAGACUUGUCUUGGGUACAUCUGAUAUGGCAGCGUUUUUCCUACAUAGGGGAUACAGUGCCAUAUCAGACACAGACAUGGUCUCAGAGCUAGAAGCAGUUCUGGUUUUGAGACUGAAGAAGACGAAAAGAAUCCAAGUAGAGUACUCAGGAGCGUACGACUUCUGACUAUAAUGUGUAAUUAUAUUAUGUAAUUAUAUGAAUGAUAUAUAGACACAGUUGAAGUCGAAAGUCUACAUACACCUUAGCCAAAUACAUUAAAACUCAGUUUUUCAUCAUUCCUGACAUUUAAUGCUAGUAAAAAUUCCCUG